CGGGGAGGGGACCCCGGAGGAGAGAGAUGACAAUGUCUCUCAUCCAAGCGUGCCGCAGUCUGGCUCUCUCAACAUGGCUGCUUUCCUUUUGUUUCGUGCAUCUGCUCUGCCUGGACUUCACCGUGGCGGAGAAGGAGGAAUGGUACACCGCCUUCGUGAACAUCACCUAUAUGGAGCCCGAGGCCGGGGCCGCGGUGGCGGGCAGCGGUAGCGGCGCCGAGCUGCACACCGAGAAGAGCGAGUGCGGGCGAUACGGGGAGCACUCGCCCAAGCAAGACGCGCGCGGCGAGGUGGUCAUGGCCAGCUCGGCCCACGAUCGCCUGGCUUGUGACCCUAAUACCAAGUUCGCCGCGCCGGCCCACAGCAAGCACUGGAUAGCCCUCAUCCCCAAGGGCAACUGCACGUACAGGGAUAAGAUCCGGAACGCGUUCCUGCAGAACGCCUCCGCUGUGGUCAUCUUCAACGUGGGCUCCAACACAAACGAGACCAUCACCAUGCCCCACGCAGGUGUGGAAGACAUCGUGGCUAUAAUGAUUCCUGAGCCCAAAGGGAAGGAGAUAGUGAGCCUGCUGGAAAGGAACAUCACCGUGAUGAUGUACAUCACCAUCGGCACCCGGAACUUGCAAAAAUAUGUGAGCCGCACGUCGGUUGUGUUUGUCUCCAUCUCCUUCAUUGUCCUGAUGAUCAUUUCUCUGGCAUGGCUGGUCUUUUAUUAUAUCCAGAGGUUUCGGUAUGCAAAUGCCAGGGACAGGAACCAGUACACGAUAGCUACUGGUCAGGACUGGCAGCUUUACCGGCGCCGACUGGGAGAUGCAGCAAAGAAAGCCAUCAGCAAGCUCCAGGUCAGGACCAUCAGGAAGGGUGACAAGGAAACAGAGUCCGAUUUUGAUAACUGUGCAGUCUGCAUAGAGGGGUACAAGCCCAACGAUGUGGUCAGGAUCCUGCCCUGUCGGCAUCUUUUCCACAAGUCCUGUGUUGACCCCUGGCUUCUAGACCAUCGCACCUGUCCCAUGUGCAAGAUGAACAUUCUUAAGGCCCUGGGGAUCCCGCCCAAUGCUGACUGCAUGGAUGACUUGCCCAUUGAUUUUGAGGGCUCUCUAGGAGGUCCACCAACCAAUCAAAUCACAGGAGCCAGUGACACAACUGUCAAUGAGAGCUCAGUCACUCUGGACCCUGCUGUACGGACAGUGGGGGCCCUGCAGGUGGUCCAGGACCCAGACCCUGCUCCUGAGGAGGGAGAAGCCAUCUUUACGACUAACAGUGAUCAAGAGCCAGCAGUGAGCAGUGGCUCUGACAUCUCAUUAAUUAUGGCACUGGAAGUGGGCCUGUCUGAUGUAGAACUUUCCACCGACCAAGACUGCGAGGAGGUGAAAUCUUGAGAUGGUAGAAAUGGACGAGAGAAGACAUAGGAACCCGGAGGACAGGAGGGAAGCAUGCUCCGAGGAUUGAACUGGAUACACAACCUUCAGAUCACCAUGGCAACCCCAGGGCACUCUGUUCAAGGGUGGUAGCGAAAGCAAUAUCCAAAGUCUCCCGUGUCAGGACGCGGGUUCCCAUCUCUGCAACAACAGCCUGUGGCCUUGAUGUGGAAGUGGAAAGCUGAAUUCCUUGGUGUCUGUGCAGACGUGCGGCAGACCGGAAGGAGACUCCACAGUUUCUUCACUUGACUUCAGCCUCUCCCAUCUUCUUGCUCUCCUUUGGGAAAGAUGGUUUCGUUCCCUUGGCGAUUUCUUUUUAAAAGUUGAUGUGUAGUUUACAUCGAUCCCUCGGGUUUCCCUUUGAUCCACUCCAGCCUGUGUACCAGGUCUGCUUAGAAGUUCCGGUUGCUGCUCCUGUGAUUGGUUUGUACCACGUCUUGCGAUUCAUAGUCACGAGUUAGCAAUCAGUAUGACGUGUGUAUGACUUUGAGGAUUGCCUCGGCACCCUGAAACAGUGGAAGGGCAGAUUUUAUCAAGUGUCUAAACCCCUCCUCUAGGUGGGGUGCCAGACAGCCACACUAAGUUCUGGAUCUGCUGAGCUGCUUGCUGGCUAUUUUCCACUCUACUACAUAGGCUUCCCUUGCCACGCUGUCAGGGGCCAUCUUAGCAGGAGAUAACUGUCAGGGAGAGAAAUGCAGGUCCUCUGACUUGAGGGCCUUAGUCUAAAACCCAGAAGUCCCCAAAGGACACCAUGACAAAGUUCAGAGUAUGUGGGGGGGGGAAAAAACAAAACCUGAUACCCUAUCUUCCCAGGGUAGGGAAGAUUCCUGAUUCCCUGAUUUCUCCCAAGGCCUUAGCAGUUUAUCACCUUCAUAAAUGAAUUCCACAGGUACGAGGUAUAGAAGAGAUGUGAUCAGUUUUUAGGUCACUGGCAUCCAGGUGUGAGCUUAUUUCAGGACCUGCCCUGUUAACCCCCGCCAGCCUGCACGGAAAGAUCUCAAUAAGUCCUUAACAAUUUGCGUCUCGGGUCUUCUGAGAGCAUUUGGGUAUCAAGAGGAGAAUGAGGUAUGAGCUGAUAAAGUCUGAAUCACAAUGCGCAUCACGGGAAAUUGCUAAAUUGAGUUUCCUCUGAUUGUGAGAAUCAAAUAAGAUUAAAAGGAAAAUAACAAAUGACUAUCAAAACCCACCGUACUAUAAAGUGGUUUAUUGUCUUAUUCGCUUUUUGUCUGAAACAAUAACAAAAGUGUGCUGUCUUUCGAGUGGACAGUAUCGUGAUACAUGCAGCAAUUCCAGAGGCAGAGGUGGCCACCUGUGUCCCUCUAGACA